UACUCUCUAUCCCAGGACUGAAAGGCAGAAGUAAAGAUGACAGAGCGUUAUGACUGCCACUACUGUAAGGAGUCUCUGUUUGGGAAGAAGUAUGUUCUUCGUGAGGAAAACCCAUACUGUGUGAAGUGCUAUGAGAGCCUGUACUCCAACACCUGUGAGGAGUGCAAGAAACCCAUCGGCUGCAACAGCAGGGAUCUGUCCUACAAGGACCAUCACUGGCAUGAGGACUGUUUCCAUUGCUUCCAGUGCAAGCGCUCACUGGUGGACAAGCCUUUCUCCACUAAAGACGAGCAGCUGCUGUGCACCGAGUGCUAUUCUAAUGAGUACUCCUCCAAAUGCCAGGAGUGUAAGAAGACCAUCAUGCCUGGCUCCAGGAAGAUGGAGCAUAAAGGAAACAGCUGGCAUGAGACCUGCUUUACCUGCCAGCGCUGCCAGCAGCCGAUUGGCACCAAGAGCUUCAUCCCCAAAGACAACCAUAACUAUUGCGUGCCCUGCUACGAAAAGCAGUUUGCCAUGCAGUGUGUUCACUGCAAGAAGCCCAUCACCACUGGCGGUGUGACGUACCACGACCAGCCGUGGCAUAAGGACUGUUUCCUGUGCACUGGCUGUAAGCAGCAGCUCUCUGGCCAGCGCUUCGCCUCUCGUGAUGACUUUGCCUACUGCCUUAACUGCUUCUGCAACUUGUAUGCCAAGAAAUGUGCCUCCUGCACCAUCCCCAUCAGUGGUAUGUACAAGCUAACAAAUACAACUAUAAAUAGAAUUAGCUUCUAUACAGAAAUACCUCAAUUAUGUUAA